AUGGCUGAGUCUUCAUUUAGGCCGUUAAUGACGGCCCUGUGUCCAACUACAACCAUCUUCAGAACCCGAUCACCGUCUCCCAGACGACCUCGAUCACCAGACAGAAGAAAUCAAUUUCCAUCUGUAGAUCUUGAUCCUUUACUAUCGAACUUGUCACCUCAGUCUACGCUAAAGGCCCUUUCGGCUACUACCGCCGUUCCAUCGGACAGACUCGACCCCUCCAAUGCAUUAGCAACAAGCAUUGCUAACGUAUCAACUGUCGAGCGUGCCUUCGGAAUAAAAGCUGCCCUGGCAGCACAGAAACUAAGAGAAUGGUAUACCGAAGUUUUGACCUGGGAUUGGCCCUCCGACCAAGAAGCUAGCUUAGGAAAAGGCUUUUUCCCUUCGCAUGCGGCUUCAGAAGACAGGCUUGCCGCCAACGAGGCUCAAAAUCCAUAUAUCGGCUACCUUCCUAUCGAAGCUAUCGCUCACUAUGAACGCAGGAUAGAAGAUAUUAGGGAUAAUAUAGAUGCCUUGGAUGUUGAAGUAUUAAAAGAACAUGUUCUAAACGUUCAUAUAGCGUCCCGUUCCCGGCCUAUAUCAUCUCAAAGUGCAGCGCAAAUUGAGAUAAAACCGCUAUCCUAUGUGCAGCUAAGCGAUUUUACUACUAUUAUCACUGCAACAAUUCUUCAGGCUCUUCCAAUCCUAUCGAGAUUAAACAGUCUGUUGUCUACUUGGGAUAUCCGACUUAGCGUCCUGCGGCAAAUACCGAGCUUGCUCCAUCAAUUAAAAGAGGUCAGAUUAGCUAUCGAUACUGCCCUAAUUCGCCUUUCGAUGGGCAUGUUGCCCGAUAAUAAUGAUUGGCCAUUUUCUCAAGACCUCCUUGCUAUCGCCCGCCAAAAGUUAGAGAGAAAGGUCACAAGCUUAGGAAGACAAAUCGACCGCAUACUUGAUGAGCUUGAAGGCCGCUCUGACUCUCUACCCGAAAGCUGGAUUGAUGAUAUGGAGAAAAUUGAAGCAGACUUUGCCACUUGGAUAGCACAGGUACAAAAUAUAUCCCUCAAAAAUGACUGGCAACUUCCUGUGUCGCCUUCCGAGUCUGAACGGACACUUUUACCUGAACCUAGUUUCACUUCUAACAACAACACAUCUUUGCCUUCCCAAACACCAACAACAGCUCCCUCAAGGGCCCAAAAUUUUGCAGUAGAAAGCUCAGCGAAUCUUCCAUUUAUAAGUCCAGCCAAAUUUGCCCAGCCAUCUAACCCUCGCCAGGUGCAAAACCUGCCCUCGAACAUAAGCUCAAGCGCAGAAGCUCGUAUUAACGUGGAUAUAAGACCUGUCAUCCAAUUAGAUAAUGACAAUCUCCGCUCCCAGAUGGCUGAAAAUCAGAAUUUUCUCACCACUACUCCGCAAAUGGAAGUACAACAAGCAUCGCCCAUAUCACAGCCACCGAAAACAAAUGAAGGAAAAACUUUCGAAACCUUGGCAUCGAUUGAAAAACAAUGUCCCAGGAGUAUCAAAGGUGGGCUCGUCUCGCCGUUGCUCGCAUCGCCACCUUUGAAGGCAAGAGUCAAUGGCACUCAAACCUGUUACGCUCCAGAGAAUCCAGCACCGGCCGAUUCCUCCCAAAGUGUGGUCAGACCAAAUGGACAACAUCAUAAAAUUGAAAACUCUUACUCGUCAGAUAGAAAGCUGAUUGAAACUCCACCCACUGUUUCUCAUUUUGCACAAGGACACCAAGAAAAGUGCAGCUCAUCGGCCGACCACCGUAUUGACAUCGUUUCUCCUAUGAGAAACGAUUAUUUUACUUCUAGCCCCCACGGCCCUCUACCAAAAAGUACCUGUCAAGAAUUCGCCAAUGAACUAUCAGCACCCAGAAAUUUACCAAAGAAUCUCGUAAACCAAUCGCCCUGUGAAGAGCCAAUUGACCGACCCCUCACAAGCAGAUCUUCAAGGGACUCUUAUAGCUUAACUGAAGAGAGCUGUUGCGGCAUGGGCUCUGAUGAUCUUUCGUCGAUUCCACACGGCUCACCGAAUUUCAUAAGCAGCCCUCCAGAUUCUACAACAUCUGUACACGAAACUCCAAGCCCACCCUGCCCUGGGUCGCCAUGCUUUCCAGACCCCGAUGGCUUAUUUAUCCCCCCCGAUUCCCCCAACGCUUCCAUAUCAUCGCCUGCCUCGAUGUUAAUAUCAUCCACACCGUAUCUGAUGCGCUGUAAGUCACCAGAGGACCAGUUGGAGGAAAAGAUUAGUUCCAUACUCACUACCAUUCCCGCACGAAUUCACCUCGGAUACACCCCGGUUACCAAUUCAUCUAAGCCUGCGGUAGACCACCAUCCGCAAACUGUGCCACGAUCAAGUCAAGGCCGGCCACGUCCAUCCGUACCUCCACGGCCUGUUACCCCCACCCCCACUUUAACUCUCACACCGGCAUAUGACCGUCUCAAGCGACGGCAUGCUCGAUCAGAGAAUGAAAACCCCGUAAGAUUGUAUCAUCUUUAUCGUGGCGAAAAGCAACCCCCUUUAAAGCUGUUUGUGCGUGCAGUAGGCGAGGAGGGAGAACGAGUCAUGGUGCGUGUUGGAGGUGGUUGGGCAGACCUUGCUGAAUACCUUAGAGAAUAUGUAAUGCAUCAUGGACGACGACGAAUGUCUGAAAGCAAGCUGGAGGUCCAAGAGAUACCCACUAACUCUCCCCACCGUUCUCCCGGUAGAAUACCGGACACUGGGCGCACUACUCCAAUUUCCCGACCAAGCUCGGCGUUUGACAUUCGGCCGUCACCCCCGCUCGCCAUUCGAAAAACCAGACAACCGAAUACCUCUUCAGCGCCGCGUCCGUCUUUGACUGUUGCCAAUGUUGAAAAAGCAUCCAGAGCAGCCGGAGGGUCUCUUCUUUUUCCACAUCGUCGCCUCUCUGUAUCUUCUUCCACGUCAAUCUUUUCUAACUCGACACCACUUGGACUCGCUGGCCCGACUCCUAAAUCGAGAAAUAUUUCCAUGAGCCCUGAGAGCGAGGCAUGGGUAGAGGACAUGAUGGGUCAAGCCCGGAAGACAUCUGCAACUUUACGCUCGAAAUUAUCGACAGGGUCAUUGCGUGGCUAUCGUCCGUCCCCCAUGGCUGAGCCCAUUCCACAGCUGAAGGGAAGACUAGAUCCAAAUUUUCGAAGAGUGAGUGAUUUUGCAAGCCAUCCGAGCAGUGGUGGCGGCCCUUCGAAUAAACGUGUUUUCCUCAAAGGUCUCAAUAAAGGAAAAGUUUGA